CAACCAAAACCGCUGGCCCAUCUUUUAGCGGUGUUCGUUUUUAGCAUUCAGAGACUGGGUCCGAAGUAUGCAUUUAUGUUUACUGCGGGUGUAAUGGUAACAGUGUCAUAACCUUUGAAAGACAGUCGUGCGUCUGACGGACUGAUAGUAGGGCAUAGCUGGGGUCGCAACGAUCGCGGCAAUCGUCGUAAUCGCUGUCCCCACGACGACGGACUCCGCCAGUCGCUCCAAGGCAUCCCUGCGGGUGGCGUGUGCUUAAAGGCUCGUCCUUCCUCAUCCUGACCACCAAGUAAUUAUCUCGACAUUCCUGAAGAAACGAUGGCUACGGCAGGUCGAGUCGUCGUCUACGGAGGAAAAGGCGCGCUCGGAAGCGCGAUUGUCUCUUUUUUUAGGCAGAAACAGUGGUGGGUUGCGUCCGUAGACCACUUUCCGAACGAAGAGGCCGACGCCAAUGUGGUGGUGCAGUCUUGCGAAGCGUGGACCAACCAACACGAACUGGUGCUCCAGGGAGUCGCCAAGGUGCUCAAGGAUGACAAGAUCGAUGCUCUCAUAUGUGUAGCCGGCGGAUGGGCCGGGGGAAACGCAGCUUCCGCCGACUAUGUGAAGAACUGUGAUUCUCUUUGGAAGUCCAGUGUUUGGACAUCAGUGAUUGCCUCUAGCCUUGCAUCAAAGCACUUGAAAGAUGGUGGUCUGCUUGCACUGACUGGAGCCAAGGCUGCUCUCGAGCCCACACCUGGCAUGAUUGGUUAUGGCAUGGCAAAGGCGGCCGUGCACCACCUUGUGCAGAGCUUGGCUGCUGACAAGAGCGGGCUGCCACAAAAUUCAACUGUGGUGGCUAUACUUCCUGUGACCCUGGACACUCCGAUGAAUCGGAAGUUCAUGCCCAAGGCAGACUUCUCCUCUUGGACUCCCCUAAACUUUGUGGCUGAGUUGUUCUUCAAGUGGACCACCGGUCAAGAGAGACCAGUGAAUGGUAGCCUAAUGAAGUUGGUGACUGAAGGGGGCAAAACCAAUGUUUCUGCCUGAUUCAGCCAUUUGGCCAGGAGUGGGGCCUAUCAGUGAUGAUAUCUCAAACUCUCCCAGAUCUUCUCCGUGCAUUUCACAUAUUUUCCUUGAUGUGUGCUUCUUAUAUGCAAAAGAAUGGUCAUCUACUUAUGUCUUUUACUACAGCAUAUGCAAAAUUAAAUAUUGAUUGCUCUA